AGGUCGCUUCUCGCCGUACGGAAUACCAAAAAAAUACCCAAUUUUGCAGUGAAUUUACCGAAAAAUGUCACAAAAAUCGUGCAAUUAAGCGCCCGUAACGCAACCACAAAAAUCCGUAGUGUUUUUAUGUUAUCGCUCAUUGAUAAAUCCAGCGCAAAAACUUGAAAAGGAAAAAAGUUUACGGAAAAAAAUUAAAAAAAAAUUCUUGAACGCGCUACACAAAAUAACAACAACACUCACACACAGACACACGACGUCUGUACGGAGUCGAAUAAAAAAUCUCCAUCUUUAUUUCCAUGUGUAUCCAAAAGGAAUAUCAUAUGAGGGAAUUCUUCAAAUUCAAAAGUUUUAUUGGGAAAAUUUUUUAAUUAACCGACAACGAGGUGUCUGUCACAGAAAAUUACUUUUACGCCGACAAUUGGAUUAUGUGCAGUAGAAAUAGUUCAAAAUCGAUGACAAAACGAGUACUGUAGUACGAUAAAAGUAAUAAUAAUAAUCAUAAUAUAGAAAUAAUUGUGUACAGCUAAAAAACAUCUCUCUCUAAUUUUAUUAUCAUCACUUAAAAAGUGACAACUUUUUACUCUUCUGCUUCUUCAACGACGACAACAACAAAAACAUCAACUGCUGCAGAAUUUGUCUGUCAUCAUUUUAUUAUUAUUAUCAUCAUUAUUAUAUUACUCACACACGAAUAAAACAUAAAAUAAUAAUCAUAUAUGCUAGAGAGUGCGAAGGAAAGUAGCUUGUGGAUUAAAAAUGUUGCUACCGCUUUAAACAAACAAAAAUAAAAUAAUAAUUAUUUUAAAGUGUCUCAUUUUUACUGGAUUAUUCCGGCCAUUUUUUCAAGUAUAUAAUAGUAUAACAUAUAUAUAAAGUUAUUAAAGUGAACAAAAUAAUAAAAAAAAUAAUAAGUUGGAAUUAAAAAAAAAAGAAAAAAAAAUAAAUUAAAUAAAAUCUCAGUAUAUAACAUAUAAUAAUAAAAAUUUUCAAGAGAAAGAAAAAAAAUAAUAUAAAAUCAUCAUCAUGAUUCCUCCAAGGAGGAGUGUGCGUUUCCUUCAAUUACCAGGAUUAUCGUCCUCGUCAUGUUUAAGUGUUUUCAUAUUAAUUUGCCUGGAAACCGUACUGCUGUCAUCACUAUCGAACGGUCAUAGGAUCUUCUAUAUGCAUUGGAAUACAACAAAUAGCAUAUUUAGGAUAGACAACACAGAUCACAUAAUAGAUGUAAAUAAGGGCAAUUUAGCGUAUGAAUUUGAUCAGGUGCACAUUAUAUGUCCGGUGUACGAGCCCGGGACGUUUGAUAACGAAACGGAAAAAUAUAUUAUUUACAACGUUUCAAAAGUGGAGUACGAAACGUGUAGGAUAACGAAUGCGAAUCCACGUAUUAUAGCUAUUUGUGAUAAACCGCAAAAAUUAAUGUAUUUCACAAUUACAUUCCGGCCAUUUUCACCGCAACCCGGUGGUUUGGAGUUUCAACCUGGAAAUGAUUACUACUUUAUAUCCACCUCGUCCAAAGAUGACCUACAUCGACGGAUCGGCGGUCGAUGCUCGACGAACAACAUGAAGGUUGUGUUCAAGGUGUGCUGCCAGGAAGACAAGGACAAGGAACAGCAGCAACACAACAACAUUACCUCACUGCUAACGGGCAACAAUAACGGCAACGGCAACAACAACAUGAACAACAACAUUCCGGCAGACCAUCAGCAGCAGCAAACGACAUCGACAAAUCCGCAACAAACCCACCAACAGUCCACGGGCGUGUCAAUCAACACGAAUAUCGCCAAGACAAAGACGCCGUCGUUCGCCCAAUCAGUUCCUUCAACGUCGACGGGCACCGGUGCCAGCAUCAAUAGCGGACGCUACAUACCAACGAUAAACAACAACUCGAGCAACAUUGUGCAAAGUACCAUGAAUUGGCCGCAGCAAACGCCAACGUCACACAACAAUAAUAAUCAUCAUCAGCAGCAGCCGUUCUAUCCUAGCUACGUUACAUCGCCGCGCACACCAUCACAUAAUAGUGCUAAUAAUUAUAAUAACAAUAAUUCGCCGUCCACAUCACAAACAUCAUUGUCACAUAAGCCAACUAAAAAGACAAAUGAGUACGAUAAACAUCCAAACGAGGUUGUCAAAAAUGAAGAAUUAACAUAUAAUAGCAGCAGUAGUCGAUUAUCGUCGUUAUUUUUAUCAACAAGUACAUCAUCAUCGUCAAUAUUAGCAUUUACAUUAAUAUUAUUAGUGAUAGUUAAACAAUAUAAUAAUUUAUUCAAUUUUAAUAAUAUCUGGUGUCAACGGUGAAAUAUUUGAACCACCUACGAAAUUUAACUUUAACCGUCUCGCUCGUAAUUGUAAAUAUUUAUAUUAUUAAUAUUAUUCUAUAUGAACAGAAAGUAAAAAAAAAGUAAGGUGAAAAACUAUACAAAUAGUAAUAAUAAUAAUAAUAAUGAAAAAAUGAACACUGAUGAUUAUUAUUAUUAUUAGUCAGUAGUAGACAAACACACACUAUUAUUGUAUUAUUAUUAUUAUUAUUAAUAAAACACAUAGAAAAUAAUAAUAAUGCAAGAACAUGAUACUAUGAAAUUAGGUUUAUAUAUGUACACAAAAUAUAUAACAUGACGCGUAUUUAAAAUAAAUAGGUUUUUAUUGCAGAUAUUAAGUUUAGUAGAUAAUUGUAAUAAUAAGCGCGCGCGUUAUAAAUGAUGAUGAUUGGAGUUUGUGUGUGAAAAUUGAUGGAAAACACGGAAAUUAUUUGAUAAGAAAUGAAUUAUAUCGGAGUCAUCUCACUCACUUGCCAAAGCAAAUAUUGAUGGUUAUCAUAAUGAUGAUGAUUAAGGGUAAAUAUAAUGUUUAACCGAAUACAUCAUGCGUUACGAUGAUAAAUUAUGCAUGAUACAAUUUUUUUUUUUAAAUAUUAUGUUCGAACUUUUCAUCCGUUAUUUAUACAUUA